AUGCAAGAAAAUCUUGUUUCAAAAUCAAAUGCGGAUAUUCAAAAUGCACAAAAUAACUUGCCGACCACUACUAUGAAAUUACAAGCUGUUGAAAAUACUAUCAAUGCCAAUAAUGUGGCUUCCACUGCAGCAUCAGUUACCUCUUUGCCACAAAGCCUAAUGACUUUUCUUAAAUAUUUCGUUAUGUUUAGUACAAUAAUUGCUGCAGUCGGAAUACCUCUUGGAGCAGUUCUCGCGCCAAAAGUAAACUCGACAACGACUGCUUGUCCACAUAUAACAUGCUCGGGUAUUUCUUCUGUUCAAAAUCCAUCACCGAAUUAUCAAGUUGAACAUCUUGAUUUCAAUUGUUCUCAAACUCUUUCUAACAUGACAAUUGUUCAAGUUGUACAACGUAGUUUCAAUGAAACUCAUGCACAACAAUAUCAAACUUUUUGGAAUUAUUCGACAAAUAUGACAUAUAUUCAAACUCCGACAGAAUUAAUUUAUAAAUGGUUUUCUUUGCCUGGUAUGGAUAUUGUUGCAGCAAGUUUUCCUCAUUUUAUCGAAGCACAAUAUUUUUACACGACUGGUUCAUCACGUAUUACUGCUAAUGACACCUGGCAAAUAUGGCUUCAAUCGAUUUGUGGAGAACUUCUAUAUCUUUCUGGAACAUUUUAG